UCCAUACUCCAAUGUAGGUAACCUAAAAACCUGAGCAAAUAUUAGGUAUUUAAAAAUUAAAUUUGAAUUAAAUACACUCGCUUAAUUAACUCAGUGGAUUGCGGACAUUUGUAGCUUUGUUUUCUCACGAUGUUUCGUAAGCGACUUCUGUAUUUGACACAACUUAGUGCAGUUGGACUCGCUGGGUAUUGCGCGGGUCAAUAUAGUGGAAAAAUUGGAAAUGAUGACUCGCAGGCCGUGACAAUUGAUGGGAAAAGGGUCCAAAGUAUGCCUGGCUUGCCCAUCUUCGGUACAGUGUCUGCUGCAACUCCUUUUAAUGACAUGGGAUCCGCGAAAGAUAGGGUCUCGCAAAUAAUGAAAUAUGGGUUUCCAAGUUUGGACAAUGUCCGCUCGUAUGACGACUUCGUGUUGUCAUAUGACCGCCGUAACAGAGUCCCAAACUGGGUUUUUGAACAUAUAACGAAGGCCCACAUCACGAAGAAUGACCAAGUGGACCGUAGCAAGUGUGAUUUCAAACCUGACGAGAGUAUACAUCCAUUCUUUAGAUCCCAAAACAGCGACUACAAAGGUUCGGGCUUCGACCGCGGCCACAUGGCGGCAGCGGGGAACCACCGCCUCGCGCAGACACACGUCGACCAGACAUUCUACCUCACCAACAUGGCGCCUCAGGUUGGCGACGGAUUCAACAGACACGCUUGGAACAGGUUGGAAAAGCACGUACGGAAACUGACCAAGGUGUACGAAGAUGUGUACUGCUGUACGGGACCGUUAUAUCUGCCCAGAAAGGAAUCGGACGGUAAAUCGUACGUGAAGUACCAAGUGAUAGGCGCGAACACCGUGGCGGUGCCCACGCACUUCUACAAGCUGGUGGUGGGGCGCUCCGCCGACGGCGCCCUGCACAUGGAGGCCUACGUCAUGCCCAACCAGAGGAUAGCGGACGACACGCCCGUGUCUUCCUUUAUGGUCGCACCAGAAGUCAUAGAAAGAGCCGCGGGACUUCUAUUUUUCGACAAAAUCCAUAGAAGUCAGCUUAGCACAGUCAACGGGAAAAAAGUUUAGACAUUGUCUAUGUUUUUAUGUAUUGAAUGCCAGCAACGUGGCCGAUCACUACAACUGCUAUUCACAACCUCACAAUCGAAUCGAUUCGUAGUGAGACGCAGCUAACCAAUCUCAGUGCGCCAUUGUGACGCAACGACAACCACACCGCAAUGUGAUUGGUUUGUUGCGUCUCCAUCGGAAACCUCUGUUAUGGAUAGUGCCACAAAUUGCCGCAAACUUCUUUCCACUCUAGUCGCUUUAUUUUUAGCUAAAAACAUCGGAAGCUUUGGAAUAAUAGGUUAUUAUCCAUAUAUACGUAGCAUAAUAAUAAUAGUACAUUAUGGUAAAUGGGCAAAUGUUAGUUUUAAACUUUAUCGCAGCCACAUAAAGGUGAAUUUCAGGUGACAAUAUGUUUACCACUGUCUAAUAAAGAGUAGAAAUAAAAUGGUAAUUUGUACUAGUAUUUGCCAUCUGACAGAUAAUACUAUAAUUUGUCAAUGUUACGUCCAAAGAUUUUAUUUUUAUGUCCCAACACGGCCAACACUAAUACAUAAGGCUAUGAGAUCUUAAAAUUUAUUAUGUUUAACCUACAUAAUACCAAUAUUAGUUUAAUACAAAAUAGAUCUAUUUAAUUGUAUAUAAUGAUAACAUAAAUAUGCUAUGAAAGAGUGUAUAAUAAAUUGUUGAAUAUU